UGCCGUUUCUCUUCUCUCUCCUUCCCUCCUUCCUAUCCCAUUGUUUGCGUUCCCUUCGCAACCGUUCUCGUUCUCAUUCUUCACGUCGUUAUGAACUUCUCGUUCCUGCUGUUCGAUUAUUGGGUAUUGGGUCCGGCUUGAUAGAUAUUGCCAUGCUUGGUGGCAAGUGUUUCAACAAGUGGGAAAUUUGGUACUAUCAUUGGGAACCAUACAAUAGAACCUAAAGAAAAAUAGGUUCCCCCUUGUCCUUUCAUUGCAUAGUUUCGGUUCUACUCAUCAGGGGUCGCAUUGAAAAGAAAUCUGUUAUAGCCCCAAAUCUGUAAAUGCCAAUUCGCGCGCAUUUUCAAAAUUUUAAAAUUUACAUCCCUACACCCUUUCCCCUAACACCCCAAAUCACCACAGAAAACACGUGGAAAACACUAAUUUUACUGUACGUUUUGUUAUCUGCACAUUGCACUGUGUGGUCUGGAAUUUUGUUUUAGUUUAGUUUAUAUUGGACAACUGACAAAUAAAAAAGAAUGGAGGGACACAAAACCCACAAAACAUGUGCAGUCUAUAAAUGCAGCAACAGGAUAGCCCCUAUAUUUAGGUUCCCACAUCCGAAGCGGGGCCUAGAUAGAUUUAUGGCGUGGGUUAAAGCCACGAAUAAUCCAAAAUUCGCGGCUUUAACCAAUGACCAAAUUUAUAGAAGAGGGUUCAUGUGCUUCCUGCAUUUUCGACGUGAAGAUUACGUGCAAGGUACACAAAGGCUGCAUCAGUCUGCAGUACCAACGAUUUUGCCUCCUCGAGAUGAUCCUGUAGUUACAACAGUAUCACUCGAGGCAAAUAAGAUUGAUGCGCCCACUGUGGUGUCUCAGACCAAUGAUCUCAUCUUCCUGACCCCAAAAAAGGAAUGCCCUCAUUUCUAUUUCAUGGCGAAUUUCUCGCCACGUGUUAGGCGAACUCCUAAUCCUCAAAGUUUAACUACUGCACUGGAGGGUAGAAAUGUAUGGAAUAGUGGUAGUCAAGUCCGACAACUGAAAUUUGGAGAGGAAGAUGGGAUCAAUGAGCAGGGGUAAUAUAUUCUGUGGGUACUCAUAGGGGUCAUCACCAAAAAAGAAAAAUAAAUAAAUACUUUAGAGCCGAGGGGAUGAUCCACUAUUAACAGAUUAUAUGGAUUUUAAAACUGCUGCCAACAAACUAUGCAAGAAUACAAGAGGGCGAAAACUGCAGUUUACAAACAAAAUUUACAUUUAUUAAAAGCCACUUGUUUAAA